AAUUUGUGGGAGGAAACUGGGGUAUUGGCUGACUCACGCUGACACAGGGAGAACAUACACACUCAGCACAGACCCCACCAAGUGUUGAAAUCAGCAGGAAGAGAGCACGUUAACAUUAGCUGUUAGCAGCUGGUGGCGAGAACUAACAGCUCACAGGAAGUUGCAGUUACAUUAUGACAUGUUCAAGUUCUAUUGAGUAAAAAUGAGUAUUGGGCGUAGGUUAAACAUUAUGUUCUCGUGAUGUGUUCAAAUGUAAUCUUGUACAUUGUAGUUUUUCAUGAGAUGCUUGAAUUAAUACAGUUGUUUAAAGGAGAUACUCGUUGAUAUGGUGGUGCAGUAGCAUUGUUGCCUCACAGCAAGAGGGUUGCUGGUUCAAACCCAGGAUGGGGGAGCCCUUCUGUGCAGAGUUUGCAUGUUCUCCCUGUGUCAGCGUGGGUUUUCUCCAGCUUCCUCCCACAGUCCAAAGACAUGCAGGUUAAUUGGUGACUAAAUUGUCCGUAGGUGUGAAUGUGAGUGUGAAUGGUUGUCUGUUCUGUAUCAGUUAUUUAAAAACACGUUUCUCAUGUGACAGAAGGUUAUUUUAAAGGUUGUUUCAUAAAUGUGUAUGAUUGAAUUUGUGCUCGUUCAACAAUAGUAUAACGCAGGAUUAAAUGACUUUAAAACUUUUUUUAUAAUGAAAAUUUCUUUGUUUUGGUGGCACAAAAGGGGGAAUAAAUGACAACAAACUCAAAAUAAACAUCAGCUAUCAGCCAAAAUGUUGUUUUAAACAUAUAUAUCAGUACAGAAUUUUACAAUCAGUGCAUUCCUAUCACUCUUAUCACAGAGUACAGUGAGUUGAUGAAUAGCCAGACUAUCUGGUUUAGACAGCCCCUGGGUAAUGUUUUCAAAAGAAGUAAAAUAGCUGUGAACUGUGGUUGUUUGCUCAGUGGAAUGGUCAAACAAUUACGGGAUUUGAGUCACUCAGCUCUCUCAAGAGGAGGAAGCAUAGGGAACGAUAAGGGACAUAGAUCCUAAGUUUACAGUAAUUCUAGUGUUGAGGUGUGUGUUUGUGUAUCUGCGUGCGUGCAGCAGGAGAAGGAAAUAACAGCAUGGAUCUGUGAAUGGAACAAAUUAGCAGAGAUGAAAGAGAAGAACCCCUGGCACACGCCUGUGACCAUCAUCAUCUCUGUGAUUGGUGUCAUAGUGAUUGUUGCCCUGGUGACGGUAGCAGUUUUGCAGAACAAGCCCCUCCCUCAAAAGUACAAGUAUGGGAUCGUGCUGGACGCUGGCUCCUCCCACACAGCUCUGUAUAUCUACCAGUGGCCGGCUGAGAAGGAUAACAACACUGGAAGGGUUGAGCAGUUGCAUUCCUGCAAAGUCAAAGGUCCAGGUAUCUCCAGCUACGCGUCUGAUCCACGGAAGGCAGGGGAGUCUCUGAGAGCAUGCAUGCAGGAGGCCGAGCAGUGGGUGCCCGGAAAGAGACACCACGAGACCCCUCUUUAUCUGGGAGCUACUGCUGGAAUGAGAUUGCUGAAUAUGGAGAACAGCUCGGCAUCAGACAAGGUCUUUCAGGCUGUGGAGGAUGCCCUGAAAAAGUCUCCCUUCUCCUAUCAGGGAGCGCGACUACUCAGCGGCUCGGAGGAGGGCGCCUUUGGCUGGGUCACAGUCAACUACUUGGAUGACCGCCUCAAACAGGGCUUGGAGACCACAGGCGCCCUUGACCUUGGUGGGGCCUCCACUCAGAUUAGCUUUGUUUCCGGUAAUUAUGACGGUUCAGAGUCACCCAGCAACUCCGUGACAUUCCGACUCUACGGAAAUGACUAUAACCUGUACACACACAGCUUCCUGUGUUACGGGAAAGACCAGGCACUGCGACUGACGCUGGCACAGCAGUCUAAGGCAGGUCCAGAAACAGUAGAAGAUCCCUGUUUCCACCCUGGCUUCACUGAGACAAGGAACUACUCGGUCCUCUAUGACAGCCCCUGCGUGUCAGACAGGAAACCCCAAGGAGGUCCCGCAAGCUUCACUCACAUGGGGACAGGAAACUUCCUUAAAUGCCAGGAAGCCGUCAAAAGAAUCUUCAACUUCACUCACUGCAAAUACAGCCAAUGCUCUUUCAACGGGGUCUUCCAGCCACUUCUGCAGGGGCCAUAUGGGGCUUUCUCUGCCUACUACUUUGUGAUGAACUUCCUCAAUCUGACCGACACAUCCAUCCCUCUGGAAACUGUCAGGAAGAGGGUUGCAGACUACUGCGCUACCCCCUGGGAAGAGGUGAAGCAGCAGCAUCAUGGUGUAAAAUUAAAGUAUCUGGCUGAGUACUGUUUCUCUGGCACGUACAUCCUGACCCUGCUGACAGAAGGAUACAACUUCACCUCAGAGAGCUACUCCAACAUAAAAUUCAUCAAAAAGAUUAAAGGCAGCGACGCAGGCUGGACGCUGGGCUACAUGUUAAAUCUGACCAAUAUGAUUCCAGCUGAGGCUCCUGACUCUCCCCCUCUGCCCCACGCCGGCUACGUCUCCAUAGUCACCCUCAUGGCAAUACUGCUCUUCAUCCUCUUCAUCCUCGUCAGCCUGCGCCCUCUCUGGCCCCGCUGCUCCAAACGGCCUCAGAUUGUAUAAUCACACACUCACACAGAUGUAUAUAUAAGCAUCGGCGGGGGAGGAAAUGUCUGUGAGAGCUAUUCGGCCAGUUUGUGAAUAAGAUAGUCAACUUUACACUUUCCAGAUUUUGUGGGGAGGUGAAAGGUCAAUGUCUGCUGCACAUCAACAGUCCUGCAGCUCAUGUGGAUUCAAGGACAUUUCAGAAGGACAAAUACUUUCUCCACUCUUUCUAAAAAGGGAGUUUUGCUUCUCCGGUUGAAGGACAGUUUCUGUGUUUGUGUGUCAGUGUAUGUGUGUGUGCGUGUGUGGAUUCGAAUGCGUGCUUGAGUGUGUGUACCCACAUCAGUCUGCAUGUAUGUGUCUUGAAUUAUGAUGUGAAUAUGAUAAUGUAUAAAUAAAAUAACCCAAGUUUA